UGUCAGGUUUUGGAAUGUUGUUGGGCAGAUCUGAAGAAACAAGUAGAAGAAGCCAGUGACUUGGAUCAUAUUAUUGCAGCACAUGAGACAUUCCUGGACCAGGUGCUUAACCGUUGCUUGUUGGAUGCGGAGUCAAGACAAAUGCUGACCCAGCUGCGGACCAUUUUUGACCUGAUCAUUCAGUUCCAGAAUGCUCAAGAGGCAUUCUUUUCUGCCGCAACCACUGAGCUGCAGUCGAGGCAGAGACUAGAAAAGGCCGUUGAACUACGAACAGAUGAGGGAGAGUGGGGCAUGACUGAAUGGGACGAGGAAGAAGAAAGAAAGCGAUCAGUGAAGUUUGUAGACAAUGUUAUUCCAGAUACCCGUGCUCAGUUGAAAGUGCUGUCCAAGUCCUACCAGGAUAUGGUUCAACAGUUCCUUAUGAUGCUCACUAGUCACCAGGACGUCAGUUUAAGAUUCCUUAGCUUCAGGCUGGACUUCAAUGAACAUUACAAGAAAAGAGAACCUAAGCUAAGAAGUCCUCUCACACACAGAUUCAGUAAGCGGGUCAAGACUCCGGUCCCGUAGAUCUAUCUCCUCUGUAACGGCUUUUUUUAUAGACCUCAUUGCAAGUAACGUCUUUCUUCGCAGUCUGACUUCAGCCUGCUGUUUUUGACAGUAACUGUGCUAAGUAACAUGACAAAUGAUGACAACAAACUGAUGUUGCAGUAUUUCGAGUGACAGUGUUAUUUCACCAUCGGUCGGUGUCGAUCCUGUUGACGAUUGGGCAAAAGAAUUGGUCAGACUAGUUGGUCGCUUUCACGAGUUUUUGUUAACAACAUCCGUUGCUCCUUCGAAUUAUAGCUCAUGUAGACGUAUCCUUAGUUUUAGAAAUACUCAGCUGAGAUUUUUCAGCCUACACAUCUGCCCAAUUUCUAUCAAAAAGAGUUUGACCUCAAACUUGACAGGUGUCUCAAACUUAAAACUCUCAUCGCAGGAGAGCUAGAUUUCUAUCAAAAAGAGUUUGACCUCAAACUUGACAGGUGCCUCAAACUUAAAACUCUCAUGGCAGGAGAACUAAAUAACUUUAGGAACUAAUCUUUGGCAACGAGUAUGUUAAUCCGAGAAAUAACACUUAAAAUAUGUAAAUAGUCCAAGGGUUUUUACUACAGGGUACAUUAUAGCUUAACAAUGGUAAUCAACAUCAAUGAACAUAAAUGCCUUGAGUGAAAAUAUAUUAGUAGUCACUGAAUUGUACACAAUCAAUACAAAACAAAAGGCUCUCUGAGCCAACUUUUUGACAUUCUCAAUGUUCUCUUUUUCGUUGGUUGAGUACUCUCAGCCUAAAUUCCGCUUUUUCCACCCUGUUCCCCCGUAAAAGCUCCGAAACCAUCAAAUAUACGUCUAAGCCUUAAUUAUGUACUAGUCAACGGAUUACGACCCACCGAGGGAGAUGAAUUACUUCACUCUACUUCUAAGCUCUAUCAUUGCUUUCAGUGGUAAAAAAAAAAAUAAACUGAAGUUUAAAUGGUAAUGGACAUGAUAUUAACCGAAAGCCUAACUACAAAUAAUGUUAAAUUAUGCCAUAUUUUGGUUUAAACCAGGAAACGUGUAAGUUGUUUAACCUCAAUAAGCUGGUUUAUGGGUAAAACAAUUUGUUAAUAUAAACAUAUGUAGGCUAAAAUGGCCUGGCAUACACUUAAUCCAGGACUACUCGCUCAGUAGUUUCGGCAUGGAGACAGUAUAACCAAAGGAUGCGGAACAUUUUCAGAGGGUUCAGUUGUUACUUCUUAAGAAGGUCUGUACUUAAAGAGGGUCGUAACUGCAAAGGGUUUAAAUACUUUCAAGUGGUUAAUUUACUAACAGGCCUAGGGUGCAUAACUUUCAGUAAUUUACUGAGCGGUGUCAAUUGUCGUAUUGUUUGGGUCAUCACUUUGGUAAUACUUUGUUUAUUGUACGUUUAGACAUGCCCGCCAUUCUGCCUUUGGAAGUAAUGACUAAGUUAAACUAUGUUCGGAUGAUGCUUCUAUCCAUCGAUAGCCACCAAGCUGAUCUCUUUGUAACUCAGGCCCCAGUAAAGUCUCCACAGCCUCUUUCUCACACACCUGUCAAAAAAGGGUGUAAGGAUAAACAUCUCAAUUCUCGUUACUAUUUCCAUUUAUGCUCUACAAUUGCUUUGGGAGAAUGUAGUUCUGGUCAAUAUAGUACAGUCCAAACUGGGUGUCUGGCCAUGUCGCCCAUCGUUAGCAAAAAGCUGUUAAUAUGUACUGAAGUAAUGAACAUUCAAAUACCAAAGGGCAUGCAAAAUUUUCCGUAUUGUCUGGGUGGUGUUCGUGUGAAGCGUGCUCUCCGGGUAAACAUCUCUAGAACAUCUUUAAUUGGUGGAAAGACUAUUUAUAAAGCAUACGAUUUUGAAAAGUAACGACACAAUGUGUAAAACCUAAGUUCAAACUGAGGAAACCUUAUGCUCAUUUAACUAGUCAAAUCUCGCAUUAAAAUCAAUUCUCUCUCGUUUGUUUCA